AUGAAGGCAGCCGGAGAAGCUGGAGGAAGCAGCACGCUGCGGAUAUUGGUGGCGACCGAUUGCCACCUCGGCUACCUAGAGAAGGACGAGCUACGCCGAUCCGACUCAUUCGACACCUUCGAGGAGAUCUUCUCACUGGCAGAGAAACACAAUGUGGAUUUCCUGCUUCUCGGUGGCAAUCUGUUCCACGAGAACAAGCCGUCACGCUCGACGCUGGUGAAGACGAUCGAGAUCCUGAGGCGGCGCUGCCUCCACGACCGGCCGGUCCAGUUCCAGGUGGUCAGUGAUCAUGCAGCCAGCCUGCAGAACUUGUUUGGUCGACCGAAUUUUGAGGACCAAAACAUCAACGUUGGCUUGCCUGUGUUCACCAUCCAUGGCGACCAUGAUGAUCCUACAGGAGUGGAUAAUAUGUCCGCCAUCGAUGUCCUUGCUGCGACCGGUUUAGUGAAUUACUUUGGAAAGAUGGAUCUUGGCGGUUCUGGCGUCGGUCACAUGUCAAUUCAUCCUAUACUUAUCAAAAAGGGUGCAACUUCUGUCGCAUUAUAUGGCUUGGGGAACGUUAGGGAUGCAAGAUUAAGCAGAAUGUUUCAGACACCAGGUGCAAUAGGUUGGAUGAAACAUGAGAGUACAGAGGAUAUAUCACUGUCUGACUGGUUCAACAUUCUGGUUCUUCAUCAGAACAGGAUAAAUGGAAGUCCAGACAACGGCAUCAAUGAACGUCUAUUACCAAACUUUCUGGAUUUAGUAAUAUGGGGCCAUGAGCAUGAAUGCCUUGUUGAUCCCAAGGAGGUUCCUGGAAUGGGUUUCCACAUCACGCAGCCAGGAUCUUCAAUUGCCACAUCGAUGACCAGUGCUGAAGCAAAACAAAAGCAUGUUCUUUUGUUGGAAAUAAACGGAAUGAAAUACAGGCCAACUAAUAUACCUCUGAAGACUGUUAGACCUUUUGAAUAUGCCGAGGUUGUGUUAGAAGACCAAGCUGACAUCGACGCCAAUGAUGAAGCAUCUGUGGACGCACAUUUGGAUAAAGUAGUGGCCAAUCUUAUUGAGAAGAAUGACACAACAGCAGGCAGUGGAUCAGAGCCCAAACUUCCACUUGUUAGGAUAAAGGUGGACUACACUGGGUUCUUAACAAUACACCCACAACGGUUCGGUCAGAAGUAUGUUGGGAAGGUUGCCAACCCACAAGACAUUAUUGUUUUCUCAAGGUCAGCAAAAAGGCGCCAAAACACGCAAGAUACCGCUGGCGGUUCCAGAGAACUCUACCCAAAUGAGCUUAAUCAACACACGGUCGAAGCUUUGGUUGCAGAAAUUAACUUGAAUAUGCAGGUUCUUCGGCUAGAUGACCUGGACACUGCCCUGCAUGUUUUCGUCAACAAGGAUGACAAUAUGGCAUUUCACUCUUGCUUGCAGAAGAACACCGAAGAGGCAAUAAACAUGUUGACUGCCAGCAAGGUAGAUACUGACAUCGAAGAUGGAGAUGCAAUGGUAGUACAUGAUUUGGAUCAGUUCAUGCAGGCACGAGAGAAGGGAAGAACCCAAACGGCCACGGGCGCCCAGAGCCUCCCAACCAGCACGGCGCUCAGCGCAUUUGAGGAGCUGAAAUGCUCCCCGGAUCCGGACCAAGAUAUCCGCGACGAUUCGGAUGAGCUCAUUGAAACAUCGGAUGGAGAGUGCCAUCAUGAGAAGAUGGCAAGGCCGGGGAAGCGGCCGGCCCCUUUUCCUGCCACGGCUGGGGGUUCUGCGUCUUCACCUUCUUCCUCGGCCCGGGGGAGGAAGACGGACCUGGCUUCGUUCCGCGCGCCUGCGGUGAAGGAAGAGUUGGACGACCGCGGGACCAAGAAAGGACGACCUUCCCCUCAUGUUGCUGGGAGGUAUGGCGCGGUAAGGAGGAACCGUUGA